UGCAAGUGUGCACGAUCUAUGCACUGCGCAAUAGAAAAACAAACAGGUCGAAAGCAAUUAGAUGAAGUUCGAAAUUUGAAAACUGACACGUGACGUUGACAUUUUCGGAAUCUGAAAUUCCCGCGCGCGGGAAAGAGACAGACGCAAUUCGGUUAUGGUGCCUAGCGAAAUUAAAUAAUGAAAAGUGGCAGUAUUUUUGUUGUGUUUACGCGUGUUGCUAGUUCGUUUUGUUGUAUUGAAGUUCAUGUGGUGUUGCCAGCGCCAUCUACGUCCUUACAUACGGUAAAUAGUUGUAAUUCAAGGAGCGCUUAAACAGUAGUGGUGUGUAAUAAAUGAUUAAUUGUGCGAGUUGAAAAGUUUUUGGAUCGCCAGUACUGUAAGUAGCGCGGGAAUCUUUAUACAUAACCUAGGACAAUCUUCAGUUGCGCAUGAACUGUUUAAUGUGCCACCACGCACGCAUUUACAAAAUUAUCCAAAUUAUUUACUCGAUUUAUAAAACUUUUAACUUUCGCGCGUGACAGUUUAUAUACCUCGUCAUAACAUUUGCUCAAUAUUGUGAUCAUAGACAUAGUGCCUUAUUUACAUACUUUUUUGUGAUGCCAUAGAGCAUGGUGCAAAAGAAUCCAAAGAGGUUUUAUAUAUCCGAAAAGACUAAAACCUUUGUUGUAUGCCUAUGGACUACAGCAUAUAAUUUACAAGGGUUGCCGAGUGUAUGAGAUGGCGGAGUGUUCGUUCGUGCGUUGUCAACAGGAACGACGCGCGAUUCGCAAGGAACUACAGCGCUGGACCAAGAACAUGGUCUACAUACUCGGUCUAGAACGGGUGGCGGAGGAGUUGAUGGGUCGAAGAAAAUGGAAAUUGUACCAAGACGCAUUGAUACCAAAACGAAGCGAGGGCGAAGCGUCAAGCGACGAAGACUCCAUGCAUACCACAGACCACCCUCCCGCGCUCAAGAUAAAAACCAUCGAGCAGAUCAACGAGUCCGAGAGAGAAGCAGACGGAGAGAGAAGGAAGGAUUCCAUACUGGAGAGUUUGAUUAAGCGGCCGGCGACCACGCCAAAGGUUGACAACCACGACGAGCCGACGGACUGGAAGCCGGCGGACAAAUGCUACUUCUGUGUCGACGGCGCAGAGCCAGGGCGGGGGGAGCGGGCCGCGGGGGGAGAGGGGGCCGAGAGCGUAGCGGGCGGCGCGACGAGUCCCGCAUCGGAAUCGGAUAGCAGUUCUGUGUCGGGAGCUAAAAGUCCUCCCGCGGGACCUCCGCUCCUGCAACAUUUACUACAGCUACAGCUUCAAGGACAAAACCCCCAAGCCAUCGCGCAGUUCCAACAGAUGUUGGCUGCUCUUGCGGCUCUGGGCACCGGGCUGGUGCCGUCGGCGCUCUCUCAAGCCUGGAUGAUGCAGAGGCUAGCAGGAGCCAGGCCACCACUAGACGGUGUCCCCGAAGUAUGUGAGAAGGUGCCUCCAAGCUCAUCGCCGACGGUGGCAGAACAGCCACUAGACCUCAGCGCCAAGUCGACCUCCAGCACUAGUGGAACUCCUCCCCCGGACAUCAAAGGCCACAGCCUGGACAACACGAGGUUAAAGCGCGCAGUUCUCGAAGGUUCUGGUAACAGCACUCGUCGCACGUACACAGAAGACGAGCUCCAGUCCGCAUUGAGGGACAUUCAGUCCGGACGACUUGGCACGAGACGCGCUGCAGUUGUCUACGGCAUCCCUCGCUCCACGCUCAGAAAUAAAGUCAAUAAGUUUGGCCUUGCAGCUGAAACUGGCCAAGAGUCUGACCAGGACAGUGAUCCUGAAAAACCAGGCACGCCAUCCUCUGCACCCACACUGCCAAUUCUUAAAAUACCAUCCUACCCUCCACCUGAUGAAAAAAGUCCCUCCCCGGCCACUUCUGUCACCACGCCAGUAACGCCAAUCACUCCACUACUGUCUCAUCAGCCGUCGCUAAAUCCUCCCUCUCAGCUACUACUACCACCCUCAGUCUUCGCAGAUCCUCCUGCACCACAACAUUUAUUCACGUCACUAAGUGACGUCAUAGCUAAGAGUAUUAGUCAAAAGUUUCAACAACCAUUAGAGAGACCUCAAGCGGAUAUGUACAUGAGAGCACCGGAUAGACACGUUUCUGUUAUUAAAACACCGCCAGAUAAUCAAAGGAACUACGCAGUUCCUAGCAACUCAAAGGCGACGAACAAUGGUCAACCGGCGACUGGUGGGAAAGGGACAAGGCCUAAGAGAGGCAAGUACAGGAAUUACGAUAGGGAUAGCCUAGUAGAAGCUGUGAAAGCGGUACAGAGGGGCGAGAUGUCAGUACAUCGCGCAGGGUCCUACUACGGCGUUCCUCAUUCUACACUGGAGUACAAAGUUAAGGAGAGGCACUUGAUGCGGCCUCGGAAGCGAGAGCCAAAACCCCCACAGGAUACGAAGCCACAGCCGCCGAAACCGCCUCCUAAGCCCGUUAAGCCAUUUACGAAUGGUAUGAAUGGUCCGGAUAGCUAUCCACCGGGUUAUCCUUUCUGGCCGGGCACGGGUUUCGCGCCGCCACCAACGCCGGACUUAUAUACGUCGCAUAUGAUGCGGCGUCUCCGGGGAGAGGCACCGCCAGCUAACGGGUCGUUCCUCGAGGGGAUAAUACGGUCGAGUCUAGAGCGGCCGGGGACGGCGAUUCUGCAGCGACUGACUUCGGAACCGCGAGCGGAAGCGCCCAGCUUACUGCGGCGACUGGCUGGUGAGCCGGACGAGGAGCCCCCUGCGCGGCGCCCCCGCCUUGACUCUGACCAUCAGCUUGCGGCAGAAAUGCGAGAGGCAGUCCAGCGACUACGUGCCGACAAAAUGCGUCCCCGCAACGGAACCCCCACGCCGCCCGGUCGGCCUCCCUCGCCACCUCUCGAAGCCCCUCAACAAGCCCCCCCACACACAGCCUAGCACCCAUUCACCCUCACUCACCGUUUGUGAUAAGGUACAUUCCGUUUAUCCGGGACUACGACCGUGUGUACUAUAGACAAUAAAGUUUUUUUUUUUGUGUAUUUAUGCGUUUAUGUAGUUCAGCUUCCCCCCGACACGAUAUCACCAAAUAUCACAAUAGUUACCUAAAGUCACAACCAGUUCAAUAUAACACAGCUUUACGAUUGCAAUAUCACAAUUAAAUAGUGUUAGACGGCCGUGAUAGAUAGCUCGUCGGGUUUGUAUGUCUGUGGUGCGCGGUGUUAUUCUGUUCUGUAACACAUUCAAAUUUAGAAGCCGAACAAAUUUUAAAUUAAACGAGUGAAAGAAAGUAUGAAUUAUGCUGGCUGGUCCAAUUAUUUUAUUACAUUAAAAAUUAAAACAAAGUGACAUCGCGAAUCAACAAUAAAUCAGGUUGUCCUAAAUUGACACAAAUCCACAGAACCUCUUUUUGACAUUGUUUUAAGUGAAAGACAACCAAAAGUUAAUGUUAUUAAAUCAACUAUUUAAAUAUUUUUAAGUAAUAAACAAUGUAACAAAUUAAUUAUAAUGCUAGCUAUGAGUGUAAAUGUUAUUAAGUGAUUUAUCGCAAAUUUUGUGCGGUGUUUUUAUAAUUAGAUAGGUAAUAUAUUGAAUGAAAUUAUUAGUUAUGGCGGGAAGAUCACGCCGUCUCACUUUAUUGCGUGGGCGAUACAUUCGUGCGAGAGAGAUGCAUGUACAUUUGUGAGCUUCGUCGAAAGCUAAGUUCGGACUUAUGUGCAAUUAUUAUUUUGUAAAAAAAAAUAGUAAUUAAAACUGUGUCUAAGCUAACACGUGAAUUUCCAUAUUACUGAAUGUGAUAUUUAGGCAUUACGAUGGCAGAGUACGCGACUAUCUUCGGCCCAACGGCCCAUCACGAUAUUCUACGCAUACAUACAAACAUACUAGUAAACUUAUAUAUUAUAUGUAUAUUUUAUGUACUAUUAUUAUAACUUAAGGAGAUGUAUUCUUAUUUUUCAUGGUCCAAGUUUUAAAUGUUUUAUCAACUAUACAAAAAUAUGGAUAAUCAUUAAUAUAUUCUUGUCGACUUUAAAAAAUUAACACAAAAAAAAAUCCUCAAAAAAAUAAUUAUAUCUUCUUUGUGACAUUUUGGUGUUCAACUAUGUUAUCGAGGUAUGAAUUGUGAAAUGUAUACGCUCUCCCAGAAUAAUAUUAGGUAAAUUUGGAUAUAAAAUUACGAUUACUUAAGUAUAUUUACGUGUAAAUGCCUCAACAAAUUAAUAUGUCUUUGUAUUCUGUAUGUAAUUAAAUUAUACAUAUAUUAUAUACACGUUUAAAGAUAAUGUCGUACAUUUUUUCUUCGGAACCAAGUGUGGUUUGAAAAUAGAAUAGCGAGUUUGUAGUCGACAUUUCGUCAUAGACAAAAUUCCUUAUUUAAACUUUGAAUAAGCAACUUCCGAAUCGCCAUACAUAUCCAAUGCCGAGAUGUCGAAGCCAGGCUCUGUAGAAAAAAAAACAAAAAUUUUUAUAUUCAAAAUUUUACUAGUCGUUAGCGUUCUUCUAUGCCCUGUCCUUUUUGAAUUUUAUUUAAACCUGUAUAUAUUAUCAAUUGUUUGCAUUUAUUGUUUUGAUAUCCGAAACCAGUUCAAACCGCAUUUAAAACAAGAAGAUAUUGUAAUAAAAUGGCGCGAAACGUAAUAUAACCUAUGUUUUUUUAAACACAUAAAUUUAUCAGCUUAAAAUAAAUGUAAACAAAAAUCGCGCCAUUUUAGUUAGCUUCUCAACUGUUAUAAAAAGAAACAUCGUUUUUGCUACAUCAGUGUUAUGCCAGACAUAUUUUUUGUUUUAAGUAUAAAAUGGUUAUUUCGUAUAAGUUUUGUACAGCAUUAUAGGAUGGGACACUUUGCAAAGAGAAUGUAGAUAUUUAAUGAACAUUCCGCUUAGAAUGUUAAUAGAUUUUUUAAUUAAUUUAAUAUAAAUAUUUCGCGCAUUGGGAACAAAUCAUUAUGUUGUUUAAUCUUAUUUUGUAACGUUAGAUAAUUUUAAGUGGCUUUAUUUUAAUUAAUAUCUACCCUUAUAAUAAUAUAUAUUAUAUUGACAUGUUAUAUGCAUUGUUUUUGUGCAGUGUUUAGGGUUCAAAGGCCCGGUUUGAAAAGAGAGUUGCGACUGAUAAGUAGUAGAAAUUGCCAAGUGUUUUGCACUGGCCGGAUUGUACAAAUUGUACCUUAACGCCGCCUGAAUAAAUGUUUUUUUGCAGUGAUCUCUGAAGAUUGAUAAUUCCUUUCUCGAAUCAUAAUAAACGAAUCCUUUGCCAUUUAUAAGUGUAACUCUCAAAUAGAAUGCUUUAAGUACGUUAUUAUUUAACAACGUUCGAAAUUUAAGUUAAACGUUACAUUUGAAAUAGAAACGAUCGAAAUUUAAAUAUUGUCCGCUUGAGGUCACUGGUUUAUUAUUAAAUCGUUUUUAUUGUAUAUUGUUCAUUUUCCACAUAGUUCUUAAGUAUUUUAGUUAAUAUCGUAAUGUAACAUUCGAUUAAUAAUAGAGUUUAGGAGUUCUUAAAUAUUUUGUUAUUUUUUCGUAUUAAAAUCAUUAAGGGUUAGGUUAGUCUUGAACAAUCCUCGGGCUUCGGCUGGUCCAGGAACAAAAAGACAAUGAAUGAAAGUUGCAUUUUUUUUUUAUUCUAUUAAUAGACUACAGAUUUGUAUGCAAUUGUAGAAUACGUCAUUCUUCGUUUGAUUUCUUUUGUCUACGCCUAAAGGCUGAGGCCACUUCAUCUACAUGUACGAUCUAAAACAUUUUAUAAUCAUUAUUAACAAAAAAGAUUCUCAAGCGAAGAAAUAUAUCAAUUUUAAAAGACAUUUGGAUUAAUUAAAAACAAUAUGUUGUCUGUUUGUGUAUCUGUUCUAUAGUAUGUUUCGUUUUAUUCGUUCGAUUGUAAAACGACUAACAUAUUUUUUUUCUAUACUAUGUUUUCCAUUUAUAUUACUUAUGUAUUUCUAGAAAAUUAAUUUUAUAUUAAAGCAACAUAUCUAUGUUAGAAUUUAGUGGAACGGAAUGUUCAGCGACACGAGAACUGUCAGCUGUGACAGAUGACGUUAAAAUUUUAUGUACAACACAAAGCAUUUAAUUUUAGAUCAUAUUAAAUAUAAUAUUAUUGAAUAGUGUAUAAAUUUGAGAUAUGUUUCAUUGUGUAUUUAUUUGAUAAAAACGCUUAAAGAUACACAUCACAUACUGGGGAGAUAUUUUCUUCAUUUAGUGUUGCCUCAUGUAAAAAUUUAUUUGUGAUUGAUUUUGGUAAUGGACCAAGUUUAGUGCGAUUUGUUUUAAAUGUAUUCUAACAAAAGCUAACCAGAUCAAAUUAUUAUUGUUAUUUUAUUAUCGAGUACAAUUUAUUGGGAUAAUCAUAUUUUUUCAUUAUUAUACUAAAGUACGUUCAUGUUGCAGAGAGAAUUUUGAGUAAUGACCUUUACUGCUUUAUAAUUAUUAUUACUAAUUAAUAUCAUACGGCUCCCGCCCUAUGUGCGACAGGGACAGGUAGUAAGAGGUCAUUGUCCGAAAUUCUCUCUUCUCCGCGUACAGUACUAAAUAUGUAUACAUUAUUUGUUAUUUUGUUCCUUUAGUUUUUAUUAUUUCGUUCACAGUUAACAAUAAUUAUGUAAGUAUGUUUAAUAGAUAUAUAUAUUAUACUUCCUCAGUAAUAAACGGUGAUGUUAUUGUUGAAUUGAUUGGCUAAACAAUUGGCGAAUGUAUUGAAUCUAGUCAAAUUUAAAAAAAAAUGGAAAGCUAAGCUUAAAUUCGACUGACAUUGUUUGAAAUGUUGCAAAAACGUCCAAAAGUUCGCAAGGCGAUGGUUUGGUGGAAUUGUAGAUUCGCAAUGGGUGUACAUAAUGUUCUGCGUACUAUAUGUAUGUUACGUAGAGUGUCCGAGCGAUGCGUAUGUAAUAUCCUUUACAUGUAAGACGUUAAUUACGUUAUAUUAAUGAUGGCUGGUUAGGCAGAUGUAACAGUGUGCGAGGAUGUUUAAAACCUGUAUACAAUAAAUUUCUUUCAUUUGUUGAAA